UUCCAAACUACCAAAAUUUAAUUUUAAUUUCUUUUGUGGGAGGGGUUUUAAAGUCCCUUUAAAAAGGCUCAGUCUCCCUCAGGUACUUCAGAGGGCUAUAUUUUUUAACAGCAGGCAGCUUGCCCUGUGUCUGUUCUGUGAAGGCAUGCAGGUAUUAGCUGAGCGAUAAAAUUGUUCAUGUGUUUAGAAGGCACUGGAAAAUUAAUUUUUCCUGUGUAAGCUAUACCUGCUACAACGAGCAGAAACCUGGCCUUCAGACUGACUGGGAAAAUGAUGAAAUGUGUCCAGCUCUGAAAAUAAGAACUGAAGCUUGAAACAUUCAUUCUCAGUAUGAAGAUGUUGCUGACUUUGUCUCUCGUCCUGGUUGCAACUUGUAGUUCGGUGGCUCAGAAGCCUGCCCCAGAGUCUGCAGAUAUUGUCUUUUUGGUUGACAGCUCCGACAGCCUGGAAGACUCUUCAUUCGGCUCCUUAAAAGAUUUUAUUGCAGAAACAAUUGAUAAUCUGCCAGUAGGACCUAACCAAUACCGUAUUGCACUUGCCCAGUACAGUGAUGAUUUGCAUAGGGAGUUUCAGCUAGAUACUUAUAAUGCAAAGAACUUGAUGCUAAACCAUGUCAAGAAGAACUUUGUAUUUAGGGGUGGGUCAGUCAGAACUGGCAAUGCUCUCCGAAAGGUUCAUGAGAUAUAUUUUAAAAGACCAGCUAGUGCAACAGGAAGAAAUCAGAUUUUGGUGGUUGUGACUUCAGCAUCCUCAGAUGAUGAUGUGGAAGAGUCUGCCAAAAUCUUGCAGAGUAGUGGAGUAAAGAUCAUAGCUGUAGGGACAAAAGAAGCUCCUUAUGAUGAACUAGCUUUGAUGGCUACACCCCUGUUCUAUUACAAAAUUCCUAAGAUAGAGGAACUUCCUGUCUUUUCUCAACAUAUGCCCCAAAUAAUUGAAGGUAUUAAUUUGGAUGUCAAUAGUGCAAUGCAAACAACUAUGUUUGAAGUAACUGACCGGCGUGAAGAAAAACAGCUAGAAGCUCCUGAUCCUGCAGAUAUUGUCCUUUUGAUUGCUAGUUCCAGUGAACUGGGAAAUGACUCAUUACCUUACAUUAAAGAUUUUAUUAGCAAAAUGAUAUAUGGUCUACCAAUAGGGCCAAACCAGUACCGCAUUGCACUUGCCCAAUACAGCGAUGAUGUGCACAGUGAGUUUCAACUGGACACCUAUGAAGCAAAAAUCUUAAUGUUGAAUCACAUCAAAGAGAAGUUUGCAUUUAGGGUUGGGCCCUUGAAGACUGGCAGUGCUCUUCGAUGGGUUCAUGAGACCUAUUUCAAAGAAAAGACAACAGACAGAGAUCAAAUCUUGCUGGUCAUGUCUUCAACACCCUCUGUCGAUGAAGUAGACAAGCCUGCCCAGAUCUUGCAACGUGAUGGAGUAAAAGUCAUAGCUGUGGGGAUAGAAAAAGCUGCUAUUGAUGAACUAAGUUUGAUAGCUACGCAGCCAUACUCUUACUAUUUUUCCAAUGCAUGGAAGCUUCCUAUGUUUUCUCAAAACGUGUCCAAGAUUAUUGACACAAUCCAAACAGAUAUAACUGAUGCUGAUGAGGAACAAUUAGAAGUCUGUAACUUGGAUUUGCUUGCUGAUAUUGUGUUCAUAGUAGAUGAAGGUGUUAAAAAAACAGACUUUGAUACUACUAAAAAAUUCCUGAAAGACGUAAUAUCCUUUCUUGAUGUAAAGAAGGAAUGCAUAAGAAUUGGUUUGGUGACUUUUAGCACUAAGCCAGAAGUGAUAUCUUUUCUGAACACAGAAACAAACAAAGCUGAUAUUCUGCAGAAAAUAGAGGGCCUUUCUCCCAAGCCAGGGAAAGCUCAUACAGGUGCUGCCAUCAAUGCUGCAAGCAAAAGUGUCUUCAUUGAGAGUGCUGGAAGCAGAAAAUCUGAAGGGGUAGAGCAAAUAGCCGUUCUGAUCACCCACAGACCCUCACAAGAUAACGUGAGUGAUUUAGCAGCAGAGCUUAGGAGAAGUGGGGUGACUGUUUUCUCCAUUGGUAUUAGAGAUGCUAGUGUCCUCCAGUUGAAAGAGAUAGCAUCACAUCCUCGACAACAGUAUGUUAUGUAUCUAAAGGAAUUUUCUAACCUGCUGAAUCAAAAUGAAACUUUUUACAAGAAACUCUUGAAUCAAGUAAAGAAUAGGCUCUAUAGUGAGUUGGAACGAAGAGAAUCUCUCAAAACAGGAUGUGUGGAUACAGAAGAAGCUGAUAUCUAUUUCCUCAUUGAUGGUUCAUCAAGUAUUACAUAUCCUGACUUUGUGGAUAUGCAAACUUUUUUGACAGGAGUGAUUAACUUGUUUAACAUCGGACCAGAUAAAGUCCAAUUUGGAGUUGUUCAGUACUCACAUUGGGUUGAACUGGAAUUUGAGCUUGGUAAAUACAACACAGCAGGUGAUUUAGUGAAGGUCAUUGAAAACAUCAGGCAAAUAGGUGGAAAUACCAACACAGGAGCAGCUCUAAGUUACAUGCGACCACUCUUUGCAAAGGCAAGGAGCCAACGUGCUAGAAGAGUGCCUUGUCACCUCAUUGUUCUAACAGAUGGACAAUCACAUGACAGCGUGAAGGAACCUGCUGAUAUAUUGAGGAAAGACCAGGUUAUUGUUUAUGCCAUUGGAGUGAAAGAUGCUAAUGAAACACAGCUCCAUGAGAUUGCAGGGGCAAAGAACAGGGCAUAUUUUGUACACAAUUUUGACUCAUUGAAAGUUAUAAAAAGUGAAGUUGUUCAAGAAAUCUGCUCUGAAGAAGCCUGCAAAGAUAUGAAAGCUGACAUCAUAUUUUUGGUGGACAGUUCUGGGAGCAUUGGAGAUGAAAACUAUGUGAAAAUGAAAAGAUUUAUGAAGGAACUGGUGGACCGAUCUAACAUCAGCACACAGCAAGUGCAGAUUGGGGUUGUCCAGUUCAGUGAUGUUCCCAGGGAAGAGUUCCAGCUCAACCAAUACUCUACCAAGCGCGAUAUUGUUAGCGCUAUUGACAGAAUGUCUCUCAUAAAUCAGAACACACAAACUGGAAAGGCAUUGAAGUUUGUGGCUGAGUAUUUUCAGUCUCCCAAAGGAGCACGUCCCAAUGUUAAAAAAAUUCUUAUCCUGAUCACCGAUGGGAAAGCACAAGAUACAGUAAAGGAACCAGCAACAGCCCUACGACAGGAAGGCAUUAUUAUUUACUCAGUUGGAGUUUUUAAAGCAAAUAGAACUCAGCUAGAAGAGAUUGCUGGGAAGCCUGAGUUGGUUUUUUAUGUUGAAAACUUUGAUAUUCUAAAGGAGAUAGAAAACGAGAUCUUCUUUGGCAUAUGCAGUCCUUAUGAAAUCUGCAGAAGGAUAGAACAUCUAGAUGUUGUGUUUGUGAUUGAUGGUUCUGGAAGCGUAAGUGACUCAGAAUACCAAACCAUGAAAGACUUCAUGAUCACCGUGGUGAAAAAAUCUGAUGUUGGCCCAGACAGAGUUCAGUUUGGAGCUGUAAAAUAUUCUACCACACCAGAAACGUUUUUCCACCUUAAUAAAUUUAGUACAAAAUCUGAGAUUGUUGAGGCCAUCCAGGCAGACAAAUCGAUAGGACUAAAUACUUACACAGCUGCAGCACUUAGCCAUUCAGAAACUCUAUUCACUGAGAGACAUGGCAGCCGCAUAAAAAAUGGAGUUCCACAGGUUCUUAUAGUGAUCACUGAUGGUGAAUCACAUGAUAAAGACAAACUUAAGGACACAGCCAAAAGGUUAAGAGACAAAGGAAUUCUUAUCUAUGCAGUUGGGAUACAAAGAGCAAACCGUGAGGAACUAUUGAUGAUGGCAGGAGCAGAAGACAAAAGUUUCUAUGUUAAUACAUUUGAAGGACUCAAAAGCCUCUCCAUAAAUGUAACAGAUGAUAUAUGCCAGGUUUCACAACCAAAAUGUGAAAAACCAGUAGACAUUGUUUUCUUGAUGGAUGGUUCUAAAGGUGUUGCUGAAAAAGACUUUGUGGUUACAAAGGAUUUCUUGAUAAAUAUACUUACUGGAUUCGAUGUUACUCACAAUGUCCGAAUUGGCAUCGCCCAGUAUGGUAAAAGAUUCCAAGAAGAGUUCAGCCUGAAUGUUUUUUUAAACAAAGAAGAACUGAAAGAAAAAAUUGAAGGCAUUCAACAAAUGAAAGGACGUCGAAGAUAUAUCGGUGCUGCACUUGGGAAAGUGGAGCGCUACUUCAGGCCAGGAAAAGGCAGCAGAAUAAAUCAAAAUAUCCAGCAGGUUUUACUGGUAUUCACUGGUGGACGAUCAUGUGAUAGAGUUUCUAGAGAAGCAAAAAACCUGAGGAGGAAAGGCAUUGAGAUAUAUGCUGUAGGAGUGGGAAAAGGUCGUGCACACCUUAAUCAGAUAGUUGGCACUUCAGACAGAAAAUACGCAGUUGAUGAUUUCAGUGACUUGAAGACCAUUAAAAAAAGACUAGCAGAUGAUAUUUGUAACCAACCUGCAGACUUAAUUUGUUUGGUGGAUAUUGUUGUGGGAUUUGACAUCACAUCACAAACAGAAGGCAAUGAUUUUUUUCAUGGACAGCCCAAGCUGAGAGAGAACCUUCCCAACAUCCUAAAAACCCUCACAUCCUUGAGUGGUGUGAGUUGCAACCUAGGAUCAAAAGUUCAGAGCAGUGUGGCACUGCAAGUGAAAAAUACAGUCCGUCCAGUGUCUUCCAAGUUUGAAAUUAACCCUGAAAUAAUCCUCAACAACCUGAAAAAUGUUGUGAUCGCCAAUCCCUCUUUUCUCAAUGUUGCCUUCUUGCAGUCACUUUGGAAAGCAUUUAAAAAAACAUCUGAUAAUCGAAGAAAGGUGUUACUUAUAUUUUCAGAUGGUGUGGAUGAUAACAUAGAGGCACUUGAGGAAAAAUCAGAAGAACUCAGAAAAAAGGGAUUGGAUGCACUCAUACCUGUUGCUCUUGAAAGGGCCUCCAAUUCUGAACAACUUCAAUACAUUGAAUUUGGAAGAGGAUAUGAACGUAGAACUAUUUUAGAUAUUGGCAUGACAGAUACAGCCAGCCAGCUCUCGAAGUACUUGGCCAAUAUUACUGAAAGAACAUGCUGCUGUGUGCCUUGCAAGUGUGUUGGGGAAGAAGGUGAUAGGGGAUCUCGAGGAAAUCCAGGGAUAAAGGGACCUCCAGGUACAAGUGGACACCUGGGAUAUUUAGGAGAUGAUGGGGAGCCGGGAACAAGAGGACCUCCUGGACUGGUGGGAAGACAAGGCAAUAGGGGAUGUCCAGGUACAAGAGGUCUCAAGGGACUUCGAGGAAUUAGUGGGCAUAAGGGAUCACGUGGUGAUGAUGGGAUUGAUGGAAUUCAAGGAGAAGAGGGUGACACUGGACCUUCAGGAAACAAAGGAGAAAAGGGUGACUUAGGUUAUCCGGGCAGUACAGGACCAAGAGGACCCCCUGGUGAACGUGGCCAGAAGGGCUUUCAAGGAGAUCCUGGAAAUUCUGGAUCGAUUAGUGAGAUAAAAGGAUCUAAAGGCAUAAAAGGAGACCAAGGAAAAGUGGGUGAAAGAGGACCAGGGGGAUCACCAGGCUUGCCAGGAUCUGGGAACUUCAUAGGAGCAACAGGUCUAAGAGGACAACCAGGUCCAGAGGGUGGGAAAGGAACUCCUGGUCAGAAAGGUGUCCAAGGAGAGCAAGGAUUCAAAGGACCUCAGGGGCCCAGGGGGAUUCAAGGUGUGAAAGGAGAGAAAGGAGAACAAGGAAAUAAAGGUUUUCAGAGUAUACCAGGAGCUGUGGGUGCUAAAGGGAGUACUGGACAUCCUGGGAUGCCAGGAAGCAAAGGGGAACCUGGCAAUGCAGGAGUGAAAGGAGAGCGUGGACUACCUGGUCAACAGGGAAGGCAGGGAGAAGAUGGCCCUACUCAGUAUGGUAGACUGGGAAAUAAAGGAGCAAAGGGAUAUGGACUGCCUGGAGAUUUCGGACCAAAGGGUGAAGUUGGGAAUCCUGGCCUUCCAGGGAAAACUGGACCAAAGGGAAACAGAGGAAAACUGGGUGUUGCAGGUCCUGUCGGUCAAAAGGGUCUUGAAGGAGACUGGGGACCUCCUGGACACAGGGGUGCUAUCGGAGAAAAAGGCCCGGCUUCAUUUUCCCCAUGUGAACUCAUUGAAUAUGUGCGCAAAAAUAGCCCUUGUUGGAGUGGUAAGUACUGUUAACUACUAGUUUAUUUUCAACAUGGAUAUUAAAAGGUGUUUGUUUAUAAGACUAACUAGGAGAAGAUCUUGCAAGGUAAGUACAGGUUUUGCUUUGGAGUUUUAGGCCGCAAAGGAGUCAAGCAAACUUGUGUUCAAAAAACAGCAUGUCUACGAAUAGACCAACAACAGCCAGAUGAAGUCACUUCUCCAAGGGUUCCUGUGGCAAAGCAUGGAACUGAAGCAGAGGCUCCCAAAGACCUGGCUAAUAGUCCCUGUUGGGUCAUUCUUAUCUUUUUCCCUUUCUUUUCAUAAAAGAAAUACUGUUUUCCCAGCAACAUCUGUUUAGCUUCUCUUAAUGUUGUAUUUUAACCUUCCUUUAGACCUUCUUUUUAUGGCCCUGUCUGUAAAACCAUUUUUUUUACAUAAAGGAGUAAACUUGCUUUUUUGUUGCUUCUGAUAAAUUUCCUUGCACCAUGCUUCCUUGAUGCAUGUUUUAAAGAAUACUUUCAUCCUUCUUUGCCUCAGCGUUUCGGGAUUUGGGGUCAACUCCUGAAGCUUACCUGUGCAGUUUCAAAGGCCAGAUACUUGUUCUCUCAGGUGCAAAAUGGAUUUCAUUCAAACAGCUGAGGGUCUCCCUUGGCAAGGAGGAAUUCUUGGGUGGCAAACAGCAAAAUAAAGCUGCCAUGUUUGGCUCCAUGUCUGGCUCUGGUCCUGCUUUGAGCAGGGGUUGGAGUAGAUGACCUCCUGAGGUCCCUUCCAACCCUAAUUUUCUGAUUCUGUGAUUGUAUCCCACAGCCCUGUAAAUAUCCAGAGUAGUUGCUUGCAGUAUUUCUGCACGUGACAAGGAGACCUAGGUCACAGUCAGAGUACUGAUGUGUCUUGCGGGGACACCUGGCUCAUGUAACCGUUCUAGUGCUGUUCCUUUGUUGGCAAGAGAGGGGUUGAUGUGUAAAGAAACAGUUUUUCACUCCCCAAACUGCACUCCCUCCUAAUAAAUGGAGCAGGAAACCAGUAUUGUUUUAUCAAAGCAAUGGUUUUGUCAUAGUGUUAACAUCCUUGAGUGAAUUCAUUUGGUAUUGGACAGGAUGGGAAGUAAACUAAGUGAAGAGUUUCCCAGCUCCAGAGGUUCUGUCAUGGAUAUCUAUUAUCUAACUAUAGUCCCCAUGGCCUUCUCUUGCAUAUUUCUUUUCUUUCUUUCUUCUUGGUUUAUUAGCCUCCUCAGCCUUUGACCUCCAUUUUGGUUUCUGGCACUAGUAAUGUCCUCUAUGGCCAGGCUCUGGACUGUUAUUUCCAAUACUAACACAGUAUGUUCUUUCACUGUCUUCCAUUCCUUCCCAUCUUUUGUUCUUUUUUUUUCUCUUUCUGCCUUAUUUAAUUUCUGUAUUUAUUUUCUGGACUUUAUUCCUUUUUUUUCCCCUGUUUGAGGAAUGUAGACAGAUAGGGUCCUGACCCUUAUCAUUCCCAAGUUGCCUGGCUUGCAGAUGAAACGUAUUUACUGAUUUUGUUUUUUUCUUUUUCUCUCUUGAGCCCUUCCUUCCUAUCUAUUUUUAUCUUUAGUUGCUUGUGCUCAUCCUGCUACUUUACAUUUUACUGCCAAAUCUCUAUCUCACUCUUAUUAAUCUAUUUGUCUUUUCCCUCCCUAUUUGCCGCUGCAUUCUUAACCAUUCUCUUUCCAUUAUGGCUCAUCCUCCCUGAGUAUCUGGUGUAUUCCACUCCAAAACAGUCCUGACACAAUUAUUUAAAUACAGCAAGCAAGAUACAUGAAACAAAGGAGCUGCAUUUUUCUUUAGUUAACUAACUCUCCAUUACAGCAAAAUUUCCUUUUUGCCUGUUGGCAAUGGAUUAAUGAUUCUCAUGUUCCUCUUUUCUUAGCAUCUCAUACUUUCCCAUUACUUUGUUUAGCUAUUAAUUAACAUACACUAACAAAUUUCUGUGGCCUAUACUGUGGCUAUGUACUGUCAUCUUAGACUACAGUUUCCUUCCUGUUUUCACUGGGAUUGUCACAGUAUGAUUACUGCUGUUGGUACUAUUUUGAUUACUUUGAAUUAUAGUCAUAUGAAACAGUGGAAUUUGUUUCACUGUGGAAGUGCCAUGUAUAUUUCCAAAGAACAGCUAUGCUCCUGUAUGUAAUAUUUUGUAAUUCUAGUUGUCUCACUCAUGCCUGAUUAUCACAGCUCUGCACAAAGGAUAAGGCAGAGGUGCAUUGCCACAAGGAGAAAUCCAAGGAUUGUACCUCAGCCAAACAACUCUUCUAGAGCCUUUGGGCAGCCACGAAGAGCCUGCUAUACUCUUCUUUCUGUGACUAGUUAGUUUUUCAGGCAAACAUGAUAUAGGAAGGCAGUGGUUUGGUCCUGUCCUUUCCCACCUUGCUGUGAGAUACUCCCCUAAUGCCCCCUGGGGGCAGCAUGGUUGAAUGUGUAUAGCACGAGACAGGGGGUCUUUUCCUGUCUCUGAUAUUAAGCAGCUGUGAUGUUGAGCAAGCACUUAGCUUCUCUGGGCCUCAGUUUCCCCAAAUGAAAAUUAAUGGGGAUUCCCCAUUUACCAAGAGUGUCAGAUAUGCUGAUGAAAAGCAGUAUAGAAGAGCUAGGUAUUUAAAUUAUUAGCAUGUCUAACUUCCACACAAAAGUUGGCUGGCUUUCUACACCCUGCCUGUCUGGUAAGCCAUCUGCUCAGUUGUAAGCCACAAUUUACCUUUUUAGUACUUCAUGUAUUGUGAUUUUUAUGUUGUAAAUAUGUCAUAUCAUAGGUCCAGAAUAAGUCAAAUAAAAGCAUUAAAAAUGA